GUUUAGCAUGUUCUAGGUAAAACUGGAGUGUACUGGACUGUAACGUUAGUCGAGCCCGCGCCUGGCCGGUUCACUCACGCUGUAACGUAAGGUUAGCAUGUCAGGUGUUGUUUAGCCUGAAAGUAUCAGCACAGAACCUGUCUAACUUACUGGAAAUGGCCACCAGUCGGUCAUGGAGGUUAAAACGCUAUGGGCGUUUUGUUCCAGGCUCUAUGGAAAAGGGAGGGAAGCCUUGGAAGGUAUUUGAGGCAAAUGGUAAUAAACCAGAAAUUGUUCUCACAAUUAUGGAAUCUGGAUACUUGCUGGUAUUGCAAGGACAGGAAAGCUUGGAUACAGUCCCUUUGCUCUGCGGCUCAGAUUGUCUCAAAAUACACCAUAAAUCUGAUAACCUGAUGUUUCGAUUUAGUGUGGAGGGUGAGAGCCGCAUGGUGAGGAUGCAGUUUGCUGGAAGUAGCAGGGCACACGCUAUAAAAGAGUGCUCAAGUGCUGUGGAGAAACUAAUGGAGUACAUGCCUGUUGCCUCUCAGGAUGACGCCCCACUGCCCUCCAAUCAGUCCCCCACUGAGUUCACUGCACCAGUGAUACAGCAGACCUGCCACGGAAAGGCUGUGGGAGUUGAGCCUGAGGUUGUCCAAGGAUCACUGUCCAUCAAGCGUCUUACCCAGCACUUCUUAGGAGAGGCCGCUGUGACUCUGCCUCAAGUAUAUCAUCAUGGUUCUUUGGCACAAGGUGACUUGGAGCCCAUCCUGCGUAUUUGUCUGCUGGAUCCCAGCUUUCAUGCAUUUGUGGAGAAGGUGGAGGGGGAGCUGAGGAAACUGCUUCAAGAGUAAACAAUCUCAACAACAGCUGAAGGCAAAAAGGUCAAGUUAGUGUAAUGUGCUUUUUCUUAUACAGUUUGUGUAGGCAGUGCCUGGUGGUGGAGGUGGAAUGUUUCUUGCUGUGCUGCCGAUGUUUGAAAUGUUGUUGCACAUUAGUUGUUAUGGUAUAUGGCUCGAAGAGGAUGCUUUGAAUGGUAUUGAAUUUAGGUGUUUAGAGGAAGAAGAGGUCAAAUGAAAAAAUCUGGAUUAAUUUUCAAACUUUUUAUUCAGAAAAAAAAUAUUGGUCUCACUCAUAUGUUUCAUCGUGGCUAUAUACUCUGGUCCCUCUUUUCCCACCUUAAUGCAGGUCCAUUUUCACCGCAACACACAUGGAUACAUUUGAAAGAGGAGUCAUGCAGCUACAGCAGUGAAUUUUGCUAUGCCAGCUUCCAAGUGAUCCCACAAUAUUAAAGCUUCACUGAGUAAAACAAACUGCCCUCCAUAUAUCUAUUUAAGAAUACAUA